CGGAUAUGGAUACCCCUUUGAAUAGAUGGAUUAAGAAGGGUCCCUCCCGAUUCAGCCCUCCACUUGUGAAUUUCUGCCCACAGACCUCUCAACCUUCAACGCGAAUUCCAACAGAGUACAAGAUUUCGAGCCGUCACCAUGCUACUACACCAGGCACUCGGCGUUGUGCUCGCCGCAAUUGCUAUGAACGCCAUAGCAGCGCCGAUGGGUUCCAAACACAACCUCUACCUCGCAACCUGCUCAAAGCAAACCAUUAUCCCGGACUGCCCUCUCAUUAUUCUCUGUCCCCGCCAACGAGCCGCAACGUACACCGCCGUCGCAUACUACGCAAACGGUCCCAUUGAAUCCAACCGCAACAAGAACCCCACUCAGAUUGCGACGGUCAGCAAUCCAGCCGCGCCAUGGGAAGGCACCCAACGGGUCGCGAAGCUGGGGCGAGCAGGCGACUUUGCUAGUAAUAUCGAUGCGGGUGCGCGUAACUUGGCAAAGAGUGCGAUUGCUGGGGAGGCGAAGUUGGGUACGGAAGAGUUUGUCUGUUUCAAGGAUGGAGAGAGCGCGUUUACUGUACGGGACGAACUGGAUAUUCCAGAAUAUAGCUGCAAGGCGGAUUACUGGUGUGCCUCGAUCCAGGUUUAGCUCUUCUCAACGACAGGUUUGAAAAGUUCAAUCCAGUCCCUCAACGAUGUCGAGGGACGAACACGUUGAUCACGCUGGUAGCCUUCGAAUGAUUG